AUGGCCCGGCACGUGUUCCUGACUGGGCCCCCAGGAGUUGGAAAAACAACACUGAUCCAGAAAGCCACCGAAGUUUUAAAGUCCUCUGGCGUGCCUGUCGAUGGCUUUUAUACAGAAGAAGUCAGACAGGGAGGAAGAAGAAUAGGGUUUAAUGUUGUCACGUUGUCUGGCAUCCGGGGACCUUUAUCCAGAAUUGGGUCAGAGCCUCUGCCUGGAAAGCGUGAGUGCCGUGUAGGGCAGUACGUGGUGGACCUGACGUCCUUUGAGCAGCUGGCGCUCCCGGUCUUGAGGAAUGCAGGUGCCAGUGGUCGCCCAGGACAGAGCAUUUGUGUCAUCGACGAGGUGGGGAAGAUGGAGCUCUUCAGUCAGCCGUUCAUCCAGGCCGUCCGCCAGGCGCUGUGCACGCCAGGGACUGUGGUCCUCGGCACCAUCCCCGUACCCAAAGGAAAACCACUGGCCCUCGUGGAAGAGAUCAGAACCCGAAAGGACGUGAAGGUGUUGAGCGUAACCAAGGAGAACAGAAAUCACCUUUUGCCAGAGAUUGUGACCCACGUGCAGAGCAGCCAGAAGUGA